CAGGACUCAGCGCCAGAACACCCACUUCACUUCACUUCAAUGACCACAGGACUACAGUCGAUGGCAUUUAUCCACAGUCCAGCAAAGUAACAUUCCUCUGGUCAGGAAAUAACUGACUUUACGGAUCUCAGCAUUAACUUCUCAGUCUAAUAAUGAGACGUCAGGUCAGUGUUUCCUCUGACAGCAGGUAAACACACUCCUGGUCUGUGUGUGUGGAUAGUGAGAGUCACCGAUGGUCAGUGUUUUGGCCUGAAGCCCUUCUUUCCUUUGGCCUCUCAGUGGAAAAGCACCAGAGGGAAGCAGAGGAGGGGUCUUGCCUGUAAAAGACCUCUGUGUCCUGGGUUUGGUCUGCAGCCAAAGAGCAGAAGGAGGGACGUGACUGAGCAGGUACACCCAAGGAAACCCGCCGAAAAAAGAUCACAUUUUAUAACUAACACAGCUGUAAAACUCAAAGUGUAACGAUGAGCUUUGGCUGUGUUUUCUGAGAGGACUUUAAGCUGAGUCUACUGAUAGAACUUGGACUUUGGCUGGAGAGUCAUCGUAUAAAGUACUGGAGAAACCAAGGCAAAGAUAUUUGGUCUGACGGCAGCGUUAAGGACGACCAUGGCCACGUGGAGGACAGUGGGAGCUCUAAUACUCAUACUACACGCUGUGUGUGGUCAGCGCAGCAUCAGAUGGUGCACCCUCACCGAUGAAGAGCAGAGUAAAUGUCAAGCAAUGUCUCAGGCUUUCGCUGCCGUCUCCAUCCGUCCAAACCUCGACUGCAUCAAAGGAUUCACAGUCGAGGGCUGUGUUCAGAAACUGCAGAGACAUGAAGUAGAUGCCUUGUCCAUGUCCGGCACCGACAUCUACAAGCAUGGGAAGACGCCAUCCUUCAAGAUAGCUGCCAGCGAGUCAAGGGGCGAUGAUGUUGGUAGUAAUUCCUACUACGCAGUCGCUGUGGUGAAGAAACAAAAUUCAGGCAUCAACAUCAACAACCUGGCAGGAAAAAGGAGCUGCCACACUGGGAAAGGCCGAUCCGCCGGCUGGAACAUGCCUCUGGGAUACUUCAUAGACCAGGGCUACAUGUCUGUGAUGGACUGUGACGUCUCAGCAGGUGUCGCAAAGUUCUUCAGUGCCAGUUGUGUUCCUGGAGCAAACGGACCGAAGGAUCCCAAAUCUCUGUGUCAGCUCUGUGUAGGAGACGACGCUGGCAACCACAAAUGUGAAAUGAGCGAAAAAGAAAGAUACUACAGCUAUGAAGGCGCUUUCAGGUGUUUGGCUGAUGGUGCAGGAGAUGUGGCUUUCAUUAAACACACAACUGUUUCAGAAAACACUGAUGGUCAUGGCAAAGAGAGCUGGAACAAAGAUCUGAGGUCAUCAGACUAUCAGCUGCUGUGUCGUGACGGUAGAAGAGCUCCCAUCAACGAGUGGAGGACAUGUAACCUGGUGCCUGUCCGGUUCCGUGGUGUCGUGGUCCGUGAAGGCAUCGCUCCAUCUGUGGUGUUUAACAUGUUGAUGGAAGGACUGGAAAAAUCCAACUUCAAAAUGUUUUCUUCUCUGGAGUAUGGAGGUGGAACUGUGCUCUUCUCUAAUACAACCAUUAAGUUUUUGGGGGCUGAUGAAGACCCAGCAAGGUGGAUGGGCCCCGUUUAUCACAACGCCAUGAAGGCCAUGGACUGCAAACGUGAAGAGGUUCUGCGGUGGUGUGUGACGUCCCAUGGUGAACAGCAGAAGUGUGCUGACAUGGGUGCGGCCUUUCAAAGUAAAGGUCUGACUCCACUUGUCAGAUGUGUCUAUGGAGACUCAGUCACCAACUGUUUGACAAAAAUUAAGAACAAGGACGCUGAUGCGAUUACUCUGGAUGGAGGUUACAUCUACACAGCAGGCAAAGACUACGGUUUGGUCCCGGCCACUGGAGAGAGUUACACAGGGGACCGCGAUGGUGCAGUCUACUACGCUGUGGCUGUGGUGAAAAAGAGUAGCUCUGACAUCCGUAACCUUGACGACCUGCGUGGCCGCCGCUCCUGUCACACUGGAUACGGUCGCACGGCUGGUUGGAACAUCCCAACAUCAGUGCUGAUAGAAAGAGGCCUCAUCACCCCACAGCAUUGUCAGAUACCCCAAGCCGUGGGCGGGUUCUUCAAGGAAAGCUGUGUGCCUGGUGCCAAUCAGCCUGGUUUCCCUGGCAACCUGUGCAGUUUGUGUGUGGGAGAUGGAACGGGUCAGAGUAAAUGUGAGAAAGGAAAAGACCUGUAUGAUGGAUACGACGGCGCCUUCAGGUGUCUGGCAAAGGGAGAUGGAGAUGUGGCCUUCAUCAAACACUCUACUGUUAUCCAGAACACUGAUGGAAAUUCAGGUGAAUCAUGGACAGAGGGCCUCUUGUCCUCACAGUUCCAGCUGCUCUGUUCCCAUGGCAGCAAAGCCGAGGUGUCCCAGUACAGACACUGUCAUCUGGCCAGAGUCCCAUCUCACGCUGUCAUGGUUCGGCCCGACACUAACAUCCACGCUGUCUAUGGACUCCUGGACUACGCUCAGACAUACUUUGGUAAUGACACCGGUUUAGGUUUCAAGAUGUUUGACUCUCAGGGCUACACGGGUACAGAUCUCAUCUUCAAAGACUCCACCGUCCGUCUGGUGGCCGUCGGUGACAAGAAGACGUACGAGGAGUGGUUGGGCCAGGGCUACAUGGACUCACUGGUCGAAAUGGAAUGCAACUCAUCUGAUACAGCGAUAUCAUCUGUCUGGUUGCUUCUGGUUGCACUGCUCAGCUCCAUGCUGACUAACCUCAGGAUGUAAAAAUGCAGCAUUCUUCAGAUUUCAACAUUUUGCAUUCUUCCUAACUACUGUCUAAUCAACUCUACAAUUUUACAGUAUCAGACCAAUCUGGUGGCUGCUCUGGAAACUUACAUUUAGGCUCUGAUUUUGUGUUUUUAUCCUAAAAUUGUGUCUGAUUGUGUUGAGGACAGCAUGUUGGAAAUGCCUUUGGAUUUAAAUGGUGCUAGGGUUGAACGAAACAAAUGCGUAAUGUUGAUCGUUGUUGUUGCAAAGCGGAAAAUUUAGCACCAAAAGGGGACGAUGUUGCUGACACUUUGUUUACUGAAGGUGAGCUGCCAUAUCAGUGCGUAUGCUGCCACCUGUUACAUUGCUUUAGUGUGUAGCGCUUCCCCUUCUCUUUAAAGCUAGUUUUAUAAAGGAGCAGACAAUCUGACGUUGACUUUCACAUGACCUACAGAUUACACUUUAUCGUGUCAAGUCACUUUUAUUUAUGGACCCAGAUGUUAUCCAUUUGCCUCAAGGAGCUUUACAAUUUGUAAACCUUUAGCUCGACGAAAGAAAAACUUGUCACAAAAAUAACCUGAAGGAGGGAAAUCAACCCGUGAGAACCAGCGCUCAUAUCAGUCGUGAUCCCAUGAAUUAAAUAAAAUGGACUAAAUGACACAGCUCUUUAACCUCCUGAGAUCCAGGAAAGUACAGGUUUCUGCUUUUUUUUAGAUGAAAGAAUUGUCUUAAGUAAAAACAUCAUCACAGCACAUAAAUGUUUUUAUAUUAAUGUCCUAUGCAGCUUCUUUUUUUUUUUUUUAAUAAAACUGUCAAACUCUUUUCUGCUAAAGAGGACAAAAUAACUCAUAGCUGGGUCUGAGGAGGAUAAAAUAAAAAAAACAUCUAAAAUACUCCUGUACCAAGUCAAAGAAUAUUGAUUACAUAUAUUUACAUAGUGCCAUGGACAGAAUAAUAAAUAUAUAAAACAAUGUAAAGCUUAUCUUUCCCCUGCUGACCUGCAGUUCUUGCCUUCGAAUCUACAGGAUUUCUUCAACCCCCACCCCGCCUUCAUUUAAACCAGGGGUGUCAAACUCAUUUUAGUUCAGGGGCCACAUACAGACUAACAUGUUAUAAAGUGGGCCAGACCAGUAAAAUAAUAUAAAUAACAGAAUAAAACUUAUCAUGUAAACUCUAAAGUAUUCUCUGCUUUUGAGUAAAAAAAAGAAAAAGUCAAAUUCCGAAAUGAAAACAUUUACAUCUACAAACUCUAACAUAACAUGAACAAAUAUGUACAACCUGAAAAUUCUAAAGAAAAAUAAGUGCAAUUUUAGCAAAAUUCUGCUUCAGCUUAUCAUUUACACAUGUACAUUAUAACUUAAAGAUCCCAGUGGCCCUACAAAUGUGCCAAACAUUUGAUAACAUGUAUAAUACUGUUAAAAUUCCACAUACUUCUAUUAAGACAUUUCAGGUGGUUUCUAUUUGUUCUGGUUGUUCACAUUUUUUGUAAAAGGCCUAGUC